AUGGGCAAGCUGCCCAGCGUCGACAACAUGAUCUCGGCCAUGAUCACGAACCCGCAGCCGGGCAAGACCAUCCCCGCCGAGACGACGUUCACCAUUUCCGUCCAGGUGGCCCACCUCAAGGCCGGCGUGUUUGUCAACCCGACGACAAACUACUACUCGGCGCCCCAGGACCUCGACAGCCGCGGCGACAUCAUCGGCCACUGCCACGUCACCGUCCAGUCCAUCGGCUCGUUCGACUCGACGACGCCGCCUGACCCCAAGCUGUUUGCCUUCUUCAAGGGCAUCGACGACGCCGGGAACGGCCAGGGCUUGCUGCAGGCCGUCGUCACGGGCGGGCUGCCGCCUGGCGUGUACCGCGUCUGCACCCUGAUCGGAACCGCGAACCACCAGCCUGUCGCCAUGCCUGUUGCUCAGCGAGGCGCGCAAGAUGACUGCACCAAGUUUGAAGUUAUUGGCGAUGGCCAAGGACAGGGCAACCAGACCCAAGGUGCCCAAGGUCAAGGCAAUGGUCAAGGCCAAGGUCAGGUCAACAACGGCCAGACUCAAGGUGGCCAAGGCCAGGCUAAGGGCAACAACGGUCAAGGUCAAGGCAACGGUCAAGGUCGAGGCCAAGGACAGGGCAACAACGGCAACGGUCAAGGUCAAGGCCAAGGACAGGGCAACAACGGUCAAGGUCAAGGCCAAGGACAGGGCAACAACGGUCAAGGUCAAGGCAACGGUCAAGGUCAAGGCAACGGUCAAGGUCAAGGCCAAGGACAGGGCAACAACGGUCAGGCUCAAGGUGGCCAAGGCCAGACUAAGGGCAACAACGGUCAAGGCCAAGGCCAAGGUCAGGGUCAAGGUCAAGGCCAAGGUCAGGGUCAAGGUCAAGGCCAAGGUCAGGGCAACAACGGUCAAGGCCAGACUCAAGGUGGCCAAGGCCAAGCUCAGGGAAACCAGGGCCAGGCUCAGGGCAAUAACGGUCAAGGCCAGACUCAGGGUGGCCAAGGCCAGGCUAUGGACCGCAACGGCCAGGCUCAGGGCAACAACGGUCAAGGCCAGGGUCAGACGAAGGACAAGAACGGUCAGGCCCAGGGCAACAACGGUCAAGGCCAGACUCAGGGUGGCCAAGGCCAGGCUAAGGACAAUAACGGUCAAGGCCAGGGUCAGACGAAGGACAAGAACGAUCAGGCCCAGGGCAACAACGGUCAAGGCCAGGGUCAGACGAAGGACAAGAACGGUCAGGCCCAGGGCAACAACGGUCAAGGUCAGACUCAGGGUGGCCAGGGUCAGGCGAAGGGCAACAACGGUAAAGCUCAGGGUGGCCAGGGCCAGGCUAAGGACAAUAACGGUCAAUCUCAAGGCAACUACGGUCAGACUCAAGGUGGCCAGGACCAGGCUCAGGGAAAUCAGGGCCAGGCUAAGGACAUCAACGGUCAAGCUCAGGGCAACAGCGGUCAGACGCAAGGUGCCCAGGGAAAGAUUGAGGAUCAGUCUGGAGUUUACCGGAACGGCACACAAGGCGGCGGUUAUCGUUUCCAAGGCCAGCCAGAUCCCGCAAACGGUGGCAAGGGAAACAAAGCUGCUCCAGGUCCUGUUCAGGGUGGCCGAGCCCAAUCUUCGUCGCAAAACAAGGGCGGUGCCAACCAAGGCAACCUGUUCACUGGCAAUCCGCGGAACGGAACAGAUGACCAGACAGCACAGGACUCGGCCACAUCUGACAGCUGUGAUCCUUGA